AUGGCAUCACCAAACCAAUCCCAAACAGGGCAAUCCACUCAACCGCUCACCCCUCCCGCAGAGCCCUCCACCAACUCCGCAUCCGCACACACCGCAGCCCCUUCGCAACUACCACAACCCGCCGCCACAAACACCACCACACCAGCAGCAGCAGCAGCAGCAGCAACAACGACGACGACGACGACGACGACAACAACAGCACCACCAGCACCAGCAGCAACGGCAACGACAGGAGCAGCAGCCCCCAACCAAUCAUCCAUCUCACAACCCGCACAAGUCCCCUCGACCUCGCUCAAAGACAGCGGCAAGUCGCGUCGCCCGCGCGAUGUCCGCCUCAUCCACAUGCUCCUCGCCUCGCUCGGCGUAACCUCGUACCAAGAGCGCGUGCCGCUCCAACUCCUCGACUUUGCGUACCGCUAUACAUCCGGCGUCUUGCAAGAUGCCGUCCACCUGGCGACGGAAGGAUACGCGGGCGGACCAGGCGACGCAGCCAGUACGAGCCGCGGGCCGUCCGAGGUGAACAGCGUGUCACUGCCUGCGCUCCGACUCAGCAUUGCGUCGCGACUGCAUUAUCAGUUCCAGACGGGGCUGCCGAAGGAGUUUCUGAUGGAUGUUGCCGCGGAGCGGAACCGGGUCGCUUUACCGGGGGCUACGAGGGGGUUUGAGCAGCAGCAGCAGCAGAAGCAGCAGCAGCAGCAGCAGGUUAAUCGGGCGGCUGCGAGCCAGAGCCAGAGCCAGAGCGUUUUGAUGGGCGGGAUGAGGCUGCCUCCUGAGCGGUUUUGCUUGACGGGGAUGGGGUGGAAGAUGGCGGAUGAGUGGGAUAGUGAGGGCGAAGAAGAGGUUAUGGAGGAGGACGAGGAGGAGGGCGGAGAAGCGGGGGAAGGAGAAGAUGGGGAAGGAGACGAAGAUGAGGAUGAGGAUGGGAAGAUGGAGGAUAUCUUUGGGGAGGAUGCUGUGAUGGGGGAUGGGGAUGCAGAUGGAGAUGGGGAUAAGGAUAUGACGGAUGUUUAA